AUGGUUUGCGACACGUUGGUUUACCACCCUACGAUUACUAGGUUAAUCAAGUUUUUGGAUACCACCGCAGGCAGGGAGAAAGCACUGCGUUUAUUACAGUAUCUAUGCAGGUUUUUGGCUGUGCAGCAGAGUUCCGCGUUGGCGAAGGGCCUGCAGGUGCAGUUCACCAUGGUUCGUAAGAUUUUGCGUUUCUUGAAGCCAUUGAACCACUUGCAAGCUGCCUCGAAGUUUUACGAUAACAAGCUCAAUGGUGAUGAUAUUCUACGUGUCGGUAAUGUCAUAAAGAACCUUGCCUACGCCGGGUACUUGACUUUUGAUCAAAUAAACUUGUUGCGGAUCUUGAAGCUUGUGCCAGUGACUCAGUUCACCGGCAAGAAAGUGCCAAAGCUGGCUAAUUGGUUCUGGUUCGUCGGUUUGAUAUCGGGGCUGGUAAUGGAUGUCCGUAAUAUACACACAUCUCAAACUAAGAUUUUGACCAUUGCAUCUAAGGCUAGUAGUGUUUCUCCAGAUGGCUCAGAUGUCGAAAAGCCAUCUGAUGCUCAAUUCGCCGAAGAAACCAAGGCCGCAUACGUCACAGCAUGUAAGCAAAGAUACGCUGCGAUUAGAAGAUUAGUCUGGGACUCGUUCGAUACCUUUAUUGUGUUGAACAACUUGGGCUACUUGUCCAGCAGUGAGGAUUCUAUUGGUCUGGCCGGUGUUGUCACCUCUCUACUAGGCUUAGAGGACUUAUGGAAAGGUACGAAAUAA